AUGGUUCGAGAACGAAAAUGCAUAUUAUGUCACAUUGUGUACAACUCAAAAAAGGAGAUGGAAGAACACAUGAGAAGCAUGCUUCACCACAGAGAACUUGAAAACCUGAAGGGAAGGUUUGGCAUAGAAAUGGUGCCUCUUGUUCAAAAUGAGCAAGAGGGUCUAGAGCUCGGUGAAGAAUCUGAUUUGUCUGCUCUGGAAGGAUUCCAGUGGGAAGGGAUUUCCUUAGCAGUGCCUGGCUCAGCCAGAAAACGUAGCUUUUCUGAAAGCAGUGUCAUUGCAGACAGAAAUCCUUCUGCUUAUAGCUUCUUCAGUGAACAAGCCAAAAUAAAAGAAAAUGGGCAAAGACAAAUAAUUGCAGCCAGCCACUCGCAUCACGUAACAUCUGGGUAUGAGGCAUGCACUGACAUUGAGGCUGACUUGAAACAGGAGACAUCUUCUCUUCCUUUGUCACCAUUUAUGUCUGAAAGAACUGAGACUAAUGGAAGGAGACACAGCCUACAGGACACCUCUGAGGUCACAGGCCUCACAAAACAAGACCAGGAGAGCCCAGAGAAGAGAACACCUCUUCUUGAAAAACAAAAUGUACUAGAAAUUUCAGAAGAAAAUAAUCCAGCUUCAAAUAAUGCUUCACUUCUUGCGGUUUCUAACAACAUAGAUGCAGCUACAGACAGUAGCUGCACAUCUGGUACUGAGCAGAAUGACAGCCAAGGAAUUGGAAAGAAACGAAGAGCAACUGGAGAGGGAUCUUCUCCUGAAAUCCCUAGUCUAGAAAGAAAGAAUAAGAGAAGGAAAAUCAAAGGUAAAAAAGAACGUUCUCAGGUAGACCAGUUGUUGGCUAUUUCGCUGAGGGAAGAAGAGUUAAGCAAGUCCCUGCACAGUGUGGACAGCAGUCUCUUGCAGGCUAGGGCUGCCCUGCAGGCUGCAUAUGUUGAGGUUCAACGGUUCCUUGUAUUAAAGCAACAGAUAACCAUGGAAAUGAGUACACUGAGAAGCCAAAGAAUCCAGAUCUUGCAGGGGCUACAAGAAACGUAUGAACCUUCUGAACUGUCAGAGCAACUUUCCUGCAGUGUCUUAAAUGAGAGAAGAAAUAGCAAAUCUCAGAUGGCAGCUGAUUUAAUUCCUGCAGGCUCCUACCUGCCUCUUUUGGACACUUUGUCUUCUUCUGUACCUCCACUGGGAGCUUCUGUUCAUGUAAACAUGCCGUCACCAUUCCAGUCUUCUGGCAUCACACCUGCUGCUCCUCCUGACUCCUCAGUACAAGUUAAACGAGAACCUCUGUCUCCAAAAGGCUCAGAAGAAAAUGUGAAUUCUGUACUCCAAACCUCUCCAUGUGCUUCACGAGCAGAAGAGGUGGAGCAGAAGGAUGAACUUAGUGAUUCUACUUCAGUGUAUCCAGUUAUCUCUGCAACCAUAUCCCUAUCAGAGCUGGAAGCUUGUUUCCAACACACGAAUCAAGAUGUCCACAAGCCUGCUGCGGACCGGGGAAAGGCUGGACUUCCUGAGAACCUUUCUCCUCAUUCACUGUCUGUUUUCAGCAAGAGAGAAGCAAAUGAUACAGUGACUGAAAGCUUUUUACUGGAUCAGUGUAGCACUUCGCUUCCAAAGCAUUCAGUCCUUCUAGAAACGCCAAUGGAUAAAACCUCCAAAUUGUCAGCAGAACUGUCUGAGCAACAGACGGCAACCACUGUAGUCCCAGCAGAAAAAGGGAACAGGAGGAGGAGAAAGUUAAGGAAGAAGAAAAGUCUGAGGGCAGCCCACGUGCCAGAGAACAGUGAUACAGAACAGGAUAUAAUUGACUCUAAGCCUGUCCGGAAAGUCAAGGGUGGAAAGGUUCCUAAAGGAGAAAAAGUUACUACAUCCACUCCUCCAAGACAGGAGGAUGGAGCUGCUGCUCAAACAGCAAGAAACAAAGAUGAGAAUGACAGUGAUGCUUCCCUGGAACUAGUGGAAGUUCCAGCACCCCAGUGUGAGGUGGUCAACGUUGGUUCAUCUGAGUCAGGAGAUGAGAAACCAGACAGUCCAUCAAAGAGGGAUUCACGCAGCUCUGUGGAUCAAGCAGUCAUAGAAGCAUCUUGCUCUGGUUAUGAUGAAGUGAGCUCUACCAGUGAGAUUGGCACAAAAAGAAGGUGAGAUUAUUUCCAAUCUCGCUACUCUUUAUUUCUGUGUUACAGCGUGGCUGAGACGCAGACUUCCAUAUCAUCACUAAGAGGAUCAAAGAACUCAUCAGAAGUGUCUUCGGAGCCAGGUGAAGAUGAAGAACCUACAGAGGGAAGCUUUGAGGGACACCUGGCUGCUGUGAAUGCUAUUCAGAUUUUUGGGAAUUUGUUGUAUACUUGCUCAGCAGAUAAAACUGUUUGUGCCUACAAUCUGGUUAGCAGAAAGUGUGUGGCCAUCUUUGAAGGACAUAAUUCAAAAGUGAACUGCCUCCUGGUCACUCAGACAAAUGGGAAGAAUGCUGCACUCUACACUGGCUCAAGCGACCACACUAUCAACUGUUACAAUAUCAAGACCAGAGAGUGCAUGGAACAGUUUAAAUUGGAAGAUCGGGUGCUCUGUUUACACAGUAGAUGGCGGAUCCUUUAUGCAGGCCUUGCAAAUGGCAGCGUGGUUACUUUCAGCAUAAAGAACAACAAGCAGGUUGAUACCUUUGAAUGCCAUGGCCCUAGAGCAGUGAGCUGUCUAGCCACAGCUCAGGAAGGAGCACGCAAGUUGUUGGUUGUGGGCUCCUACGACUGCACCAUCAGCGUGCGAGAUGCACGGAAUGGGCUGCUUCUCAGAACCCUGGAAGGUCACAGCAAGACUAUACUCUGCAUGAAGGCAAUGAAUGAUCUGGUAUUCAGUGGCUCCAGUGAUCAGUCUGUCCAUGCCCACAACAUUCAUACUGGAGAGCUGGUACGGAUCUAUAAAGGCCAUAACCAUGCAGUAACGGUUGUGAACAUUCUUGGGAAAGUGAUGGUAACAGCAUGUCUCGAUAAAUUUGUUCGUGUUUAUGAACUACAGUCGCACGACCGCUUGCAAGUCUAUGGAGGCCACACAGAUAUGAUUAUGUGUAUGACCAUCCAUAAGAGCAUGAUCUACACUGGAUGCUAUGAUGGCAGUGUCAGAGCUGUGAGGCUUAAUCUGAUGCAGAAUUACCGAUGCUGGUGGCAUGGAUGUUCACUGAUCUUCGGAGUUGUGGACCAUCUGAAACAACACUUGCUAACUGACCACACCAACCCAAAUUUUCAGACCCUAAAAUGUCGUUGGAAGAACUGUGAUGCUUUCUUUACUUCCAGGAAAGGUUCCAAGCAGGAUGCUAUAGGACACAUUGAAAGACAUGCUGAGGAUGACAGCAGGAUUGACUCAUGAAGCUUUUCACCUCCCACAUUGGGAAGUAAUUUUAUAUGUCAGAAUUAUUCCAAAUAACGUCAAUUUCUUACUCCAGUCUUUCCUCUUUCUUUUCCCACUUCGAAUGCAAAUAUGGAGUGGGGCUGGAAUGCCUUGCUACAGAGACUGCAGAUUGUGUUGCACUCUGUAGAAAUAAGGCUGGUCAAUUAAGACUUGGCCCAAAUGGAAGAUUCUUGCAAGUUUUUAAUUCACUGACAGAUAAGAAUAUUCCCUCCUCUUGACUGCCUUGUUUUUUUGUUUCUGAGAGUCUUGGAAGUCCAGAGGGGUGUUCAGAACUUAGACAGCAAUAGGUGCUGGUGAUUGCAAACUUCAGCUUGAAACCUGUUAAGUGUCUAAGAUGUGUCUGGUUUUAUGUUGUAUCCAAUUUUUUAGCUGAUUUUAAUAAAAUUCUGCAAACCAGAAUAUCACAAAUUCUGACAGUGUAGCCUGAAUAUCCAGUGUACAUUUUGACUUUCUUCAUAAAAGGAAAAGUAUUUUA